UGCUCGCCGCCGAUGCGCUCACACUGCGCCUGCAGGGCUCCGCGGUGUGCAACGCCGUUGUAGGAGGACCGCCGCCUUUGCGCCAUCAGUGCACAACACAACACUGCACGCUACGCACGACACUUCUUCUUCUUCUUCUUCUUCUUUUUGUACACAUCAGCCAGCUCGCAGCAUCACGGAGAAGGAGGAGGAGGAGGAGGAGGAGGAGCGCAUGAUCCCCAUCCCCAGCAUCCUCUCCAGCUGCACAUCCACUGCGUGUUUUCCCAUAUAAAUACACUUCAUAUUUUUUUUUUUUCUGGGAUUAUUGCGUCUCUCGGCGGCGUUCGAACGGACCGAGAUGCUCGUCGGUCGCCGUUCAUGAGGGGGAAGAGGCUCGUCUUCAUCCUCGUCGUCGCUGCGCAGUCAUUUGAAGAUCUGCCGCCAUCUGGAGAGCGAAAGCCGAGCGAGACAGACGAGGCGCUCGCCGUCCCCUGCCGAGAUCUUCCGUCGUCUCCUCACCGUCGUCGCCAUGGGAACCGUGCUGUCCCUGUCACCCAGCUACCGCAAGGCGGCCCUGUUCGAGGACGGGCCGGCCACGGUGGGCCACUACACGGCGGUGCAGAACAGCAAGAACGCCAAAGACAAGGGCCUGAAGCGCCACUCGCUCAUCAACGUGCUGCCGUGGAAGCGCAUCGUGGCCGUGUCGGCUAAGAAGAAGGGCUCCAAGAAGGUGCAGCCCAACGGGACCUACCAGAACAACGUCAGCCACCUGAACAACGAGAACCUGAAGAAGUCGCAGUCGUGCGCCAACCUGUCAUCCUUCGCGCAGGACCAGAGCACGCCGAGCGCCACCAAGGCCUCCAACAACAACGCCUCGGUCAAGAAGGCCCCGGCCCCGGCGGUGGCCGCCGCGCCCGGGACCCCCAAGCGGGUGAUCGUGCAGGCGUCCACGAGCGAGCUGCUGCGCUGCCUGGGCGACUUCCUGUGCCGGCGCUGCUACCGCCUCAAGCACCUGUCGCCCACCGAGCCGGUGCUGUGGCUGCGCAGCGUGGACCGCUCCCUCCUGCUGCAGGGUUGGCAGGACCAGGGCUUCAUCACGCCCGCCAACGUGGUUUUCGUCUACAUGCUGUGCCGCGACGUGGUCUCCUCCGAAGUGGCCGGCGAGCACGAGCUGCAGGCCGUGCUGCUCACCUGCCUGUACCUGUCCUACUCCUACAUGGGCAACGAGAUCUCCUACCCGCUUAAGCCCUUCCUGGUGGAGAGCUCCAAGGAGGCCUUCUGGGACAGGUGCCUGUCCAUCAUCAACCUGAUGAGCGCCAAGAUGCUGCAGAUCAACUCCGACCCGCACUACUUCACGCAGGUCUUCGCUGACCUCAAGAACGAGAGCCAGAAGGAGGAGGAACGCAGUCGCCUGCUCAUCGGCCUGGACCGGAGGGCCAUCGCUUGACUGGCGCUCGUCAUCGCACGACAACGGUGAAAUUCCCCCACACCCGCCGCCCGGCACUCUCUCUCCCGUCAAUGCGGGCUCACGUGGACUUUGGCAAGUCCGGGAGGGAACGCCGGCUGUGGCGUUGAGGACUCAAGACUUUUUUUGUUUUUGGGGUCGGGUGGGGGAGGGGGGCGGCGUUCUCUUAGAUGGGACAAAGCGGGCAGUGCUGCGAUGGAACGAUGCGUUGUCAGGACUUUUACUCGGCCAGAAGACGACAACCUUUUACUUGUUUUUCCAUCUAUUACGACAAGUUACUGGAUGUUUUCGCAGCUGUGCAGAGCAUAUUUAUUACUUUUUAUUUAUGGCUCUUCUGGAACAAGGUCAUUUUAUUUGUAAUAAUUGAUGAUGAUGAUUAGAUUUGUGUGUUUUUGCACGCGCGCCAGCGACUUUCGUGCAGCAAGGAGAAAAACUUCCUCCUCUUCUUCUUUGGACUUGCUGAUCUGCAUUCGUGUUGAUUUUAGCUCUGCCUGCUAAUGUGAUGUUUUUUGCUACUUACUGUGCUCAUCAUCCACCGUUAACAGUGCCAUAUCUUCCAUUACAUGCUCCCUUAAACUGAUAUCUACUCACUUUAUUGACAUUUAGGGGCUCAUUACACGUCCAUGAACGUUUUAGUGGAACGUUUGUCUUUUGUUUGGUGGGAAUGAAGAUUGCUUCUGGUUGGAGUGUCAGGGAUUUAUCAUGGAUGACCUUUCAGGAACAAUCUGACUAGCACCAUAACAACAACAACAACAACAAAAGUAAAAACAGGAAUAAAGGGAAAGAAAAGACAGAA